AUGAAUAAAAGCGAUCUUAAGAGGAAGAGAGUCGAUGUUUCCUGCCCUGCCCCGGAAGAUGCCUCGAGAUUUUACAAAAGGUUGGGACUGGACAUUUUGGCCCCGUCCUCUACUUCCGGGCAGACUCAGGAGGCUGGGCCGCCUAAGAAGCGUCCUGUUCAGCAGGCGAGCCACACAGCUCCCCUGACCACCACGCCCACUCAAAGAUCCGAUAAAGUGGGACAACAGUGGCAUCAGUCUCAGCAGAGAGAAAGGCAGGCACCUCAUCAUUUCAUACAAAACUAUCCUUAUGAAAACAGAUACAAUGAAAGAGCUGCACAUGUGAAUACUGCUGCCACCUACCGACCGCAAUAUGCGCCGGUCCAUCGUUCUCAUGAGCAACAAACUCAUUAUAGGACAGGCGUGGUACCUAGCAGCAACACAUAUCAGCCGCAACAUGCGCAACCUACUCGCCCACAUGGGUACCAAACUCAGACAAGACCUAACUAUGUGAAUGGGAACAGCAUUCCCCAGCAACAAAGAGUGCAUCCUACUCAUCUAUAUACAAGGACUGAGUCUACGAGCACAGUUGCUUCUCACAAACCUCAACAUGCACAGCAAUCUCAGCAGAGAGUGCAUCCUACUCAUCCAAAUACUAUGAGCACAGCUGCUUCUCACAAACCUCAACAUGCACAGCUGCCUCAGCAGAGAGUAGUGCGUAAAGAGGUAAAUUAA